UUCGCGAUUUCAAGCUGAUCGGAAGAAUGGCGGCUGCGGCGGCAGAAGCAAGCGAGCCGGCAAUCGAUCCCAAAUUCAAUGGCGAUGACGUGAACACCAUCCUCAAGGAAUGCCUCGAUGAAUCCCUCGCAAGCUCCCAAUUCAUGCAUCACAAGGCAAGCUUUGGAUUGAAUUCAUCAAAAAAUUUGUGUGUGUCUUACCUCUAUGCGAUCAGUGGCGAUCUUCUUAUAGAUCGGCCAAUGGACAUCCACAGUCUGCGAGAAAUGCAUGGCCAAGCUUGUAAAUUUAAACAAGCCCUUCAAGUAUAUUGUUACCUGUAUGAUCAUGCAAAAGAACGGCGCUGGGCUCGUCACGGCAAGCUCUUGCUUUUGGGAUCCACUAGCCGACGGUAAAUCUGAACUAACUACAUACCAAUCACCAGUAAGCUUUUCUUCUAGGUAGCCGUACGAUGCGUUGGGAGAACAAGACAAUGUACGCCAUUG